AUGUCGGAUGAUGAGGACUCCUCCUCCGAUGAGGAUGAGGAGAAGGCGCCCGGUGCGGCAGGAUAUCCGAUGAUGAUGUCGUAUGGAUACGCAUAUCCUUCGGCCUACUCCUACGCUGCCUACGCACAGGCUUAUCCCGGAUAUGCAGCGUCAUAUCCUGGCUACGGAACUGGUGACUAUUCUGCCUACAUGCAGCAGAUGUCAGCAGCAGGUUACACGCCUGGCUUUGCUGGAGCUGGAGCGAGUGGCACACCUAGCACACCAGGCAUUGCCACAGAUCCAAUGACAUCGUACUACGGUGCCGCUGGGUAUGGAGCGAGCUCCUCGAAUUAUGGCACGGUGAAGACCUUCUUGGCGGAGAAGGGCUUUGGCUUCAUUGAGUCUGCCGUGCCCUCUGAAGGCGACGUGUUCUUCUCCAAGACCGAGCUGUCACCGGAUUUGCAAGCGGCAGAAUCAAAUAAAGAGCUCAAGGGGAAACCCGUCCAGUUUGAAAUCACCAUUGGCAAGGAUGGUAGAUCUAGAGCUGCAAAUGUACAACUUUGCAGCUUAGAGUUGGUGGAGCGUGCAGCUGCCAAUGCUCCCAAGCCGAAGGGCACCCCUUCGAGUGGGACGGUCAAGUCCUUCAGCGAGCGGCAUGGCUACGGCUUCGUGGCAUUGGAGAACGAUGCGGGGGACGCCCAGUUCCGGGGCUCGGACUUGUCGCCGGAGCUGGCGGCGCUGGGCUCUGCUUUAGCAGGGCGCAUGGUGAAGUGCCAUAUACACGAGCUUGCGGACGGAAAGUACAAGGCCACUGAGAUCGUGCCAAUCCCUGGGCAGGCAGGCAAGGGCAAAAGCAGUGGCAAGGCCUGA